CCAUGUAUGAGUUGUCUUUGAGGAGUAUACUCAGCUCCCGCAGUCCAUGCUCCAGCGCUGGAUCUCGCUGGUGCUCGCCGUCGCAACGACGCGCACCAUCCGCCAGGACCUCAAGCGCAUUGAAGGACUGUAUGGACUGAAGAUUUUUCGGCAACACACGCGGCUUCUCAGGAGCGGCAGCUUCAUCGACGGUCGUUUGACAGCGUCUGGGCGUUCGGCAACGCGUUGUAUAUAUUGCCCACGCCACAGGCGCGGCCAGUGUGGCUGGCGUUCCGGACGCCGCUCGGGCAGCGUUGCACGCUUGCAUCAUAGCUUGGGGAUCGGUAGUGCGUUUUCUCGUGUGAUUUGAAAUGGGUGAGGAUCUCUUGUCAGGAUGCGGGCCUGAAAUGCCGAGCUGAUGGUGACCUUAUAUGGUUG